AUGUUUCUUCAAAAAUAUCAACUUGCGAUCGUCGUCCUAGUCUCUACCUUGUGUCUGGGCACAUUUGCAAAACCUUGUCGUUACUUUUUUAGUCAACAGCAGGGUCAAGCCAUUUGCGCUGAUACUGAAUCGUACAAAUCUGAAUCCAAAUGUACUUAUAAAACUUGUUACAAUCCUCACGGUAACCAAUUUGCAAAGAUGACUAACUGCUAUUGGGUGGUGGACAAUUCGGGACCCAGCGAACAAGAUUGUUCAUACUACGAAUGGGAUACUAAUACCAAAGCCUACAGUUGUACUAACCCUGGCUAUAAUCAAUAUACUUGCAAGACAAACCCAGCUAGCUUAGAGUUCAUAUCCUGCGCGACGUGCUGA